AUGAACGGUGUCGAGCUGGCUUUCCUUGCUACUUGUGCUAUCGUUCUUCUUGCAUUCUCCAAUGCAUCUCCAGUUAAUGAUCAAAGUAAGUCAUUGUUUUGGCAAAACUUGGAAAAAUUUGGAAGUUUCCGACCACGGAAGGGGAUGUGGGAGUGA